AUGGCUAGCAUAAAUGAGGAUGAUUUUUGCUCAGAGAUGCGUAACAAUACACAAAAAAUUCACGACGAAAGCGACAAACUCAUCAAUUUGAAAAUUGUGGCCGCACUAACAGACGUGAAAGUUUGGAGUCAGGCCAUCGCGGAUUUUUACUUCGUUUUCCGUCAGAUUGAAAUUGCCCUGGAAAAGCUGAAAAGUGAUGCGAGAUUGAAUGUUCUGCAUUUCUGUGCUGAGCCAGAAUUCAGAAGAACUGAGCUGUUUCAAAAAGAUCUGCAGUACUACAUGGGAGAUGAUUGGAUGACCACAGCCAAGCCGUCUGAGGUUGCUGUCAAUUAUUGUGCUAGAAUUGAAGAAGUGUCAAACACAAAGCCUGUACUUAUUAUCGCGUUUGUUAAUUUUUCAUUUAUAUUUUUAAGACUUUUUUUUAAGAGUUUCCUCAGGUAUUAA